AUGACGCCAGCGGAGGCGGAGCAGGCAGCGGCGGCAGAGGGCUGCACCGCGACGGCGGAGGAGGGAGCGCUGCUUUACGCGCGCGAGCUGGGAACGGAGGCGUCAGCAGCAGCGGCGGCAGCGGCGGCGGCCGAGUCUAUGACGGCGGCGGAGGCGGAGCAGGCAGCGACGGCAGAGGGCUUGACACUGGUGCGCUCGUCGCGCUCCAGCACCGGGUUCGAAGGCGUGUGCGCAAAAUCGAAGGGCAGAGGCUUUAAUGUGACGCGCAAGCUUGAUGGUAGAACGCGUCACAUUGGCUGCACCGCGACGGCGGAGGAGGGAGCGCUGCUGUACGCGCGCGAGCUGGGAGCGGAGGCGUCCGCAGCAGCGGCGGCAGGGGCGGCAGGGGCGGCGGCCGAGUCUAUGACCGUGGCGGAGGUGGAGCAGGCAGCGGCGGCAGAGGGCUUGACACUGGUGCGCUCGUCGCGCUCCAGCACCGGGUUCGAAGGCGUGUGCGCAAAGUCGAAGGGGAGAGGCUUUAACGUGACGCGCAGGCGUGAUGGUAGAACGCAGCACAUUGGCUGCACCGCGACGGCGGAGGAGGGAGCGCUGCUUUACGCGCGCAAGCUGGGAGCGGAGGCGUCCGCAGCAGUGGCGGCAGCGGCGGCGGCCGAGUCUAUGACGGCGGCGGAGGCGGAGCAGGCAGCGGCGGCAGAGGGCUUGACACUGGUGCGCUCGUCGCGCUCCAAAAGCGGGUUCGAAGGCGUGUGCGCAAUCUCGAAAGGCAACGGCUUUGCGGUGGGCCGCAGGGUUGAUGGUAGAACGCGUCACAUUGGCUGCACCGCGACGGCGGAGGAGGGAGCGCUGCUGUACGCGCGCGAGCUGGGAGCGGAGGCGUCCGCAGCAGCGGCGGCAGGGGCGGCAGGGGCGGCGGCCGAGUCUAUGACCGUGGCGGAGGCGGAGCAGGCAGCGGCGGCAGAGGGCUUGACACUGGUGCGCUCGUCGCGCUCCAGCACCGGGUUCGAAGGCGUGUACGCAACGUCGAAGGGGAGAGGCUUUAACGUGACGCGCAGGCGUGAUGGUAGAACGCAGUACGUUGGCUGCACCGCGACGGCGGAGGAGGGAGCGCUGCUGUACGCGCGCAAGCUGGGAACGGAGGCGUCCGCAGCAGCGGCGGCAGGGGCGGCGGCCGAGCCUAUGACGGCGGCGGAGGCGGAGCAGGCAGCGACGGCAGAGGGCUUGACACUGGUGCGCUCGUCGCGCGCCAGCACCGGGUUCGAAGGCGUGUGCGCAAAAUCGAAACGCAUCGGCUUUGCGGUGAGCCGCAGGGUUGAUGGUAGAAUGCAGCAUAUUGGCUCCACCGCGACGGCGGAGGAGGGAGCGCUGCUGUACGCGCGCAAGCUGGGAACGGAGGCGUCCGCAGCAGCGGCGGCAGCGGCGGCGGCCGAGUCUAUGACGGCGGCGGAGGCGGAGCAGGCAGCGACGGCAGAGGGUUUGACACUGGUGCGCUCGUCGCGCUCCAGCACCGGGUUCGAAGGCGUGUACGCAAAGUCGAAACGCAUCGGCUUUGCGGUGAGCCGCAGGGUUGAUGGUAGAAUGCAGCAUAUUGGCUCCACCGCGACGGCGGAGGAGGGAGCGCUGCUGUACGCGCGCGAGCUGGGAACGGAGGCGUCCGCAGCAGCGGCGGCAGCGGCGGCAGCGGCGGCAGCGGCGGCAGCGGCGGCAGCGGCGGCAGCGGCGGCAGGGGCGGCGGAGGCGGAGCAGGCAGCGGCGGCAGAGGGUUUGACACUGGUGCGCUCGUCGCGCGCCAGCACCGGGUUCGAAGGCGUGUACGCAAACUCGAAUGGCAACGGCUUUGCGGUGAGCCGCAGGCUUGAUGGGAGAAAGCAGCAUAUUGGCUGCACCGCGACGGCGCAGGAGGGUGCGCUGCUGUACGCGCGCCAUUUUGGCGCGGAGGCAUCGGCUGCGACCGAUGCAGCGGAGGACGAGUACGCGGGACGCCAGGCGGUCGAGAUGUCGAAUGCAGCCGUAGAAGGGAGUAGAGAGGCACAACCAGCGACGGCGUCAAGGAUGGUCGCGCGCCACCUGGGGGCGGAGGCGUCGUUGGCGGCGGCGGCGGCGGCGUCGUUGGCGGCGGCGGCGGCGGCGGCGGCGGCGGCGGCGGCGGCAGCUGAGUCGAUGACGGCGGCUGAGGCGGAGCAGCUGGCGGCGGACGAGGGCCUGACGCUGGUGCGGUCAUCGCAGUCGCAGACCGGCUUCAAGGGCGUGUCGAAGCGGGGUGGGCGCUUUGCGGCUGUGUUUGGGUCGCACCAAAGUGAAGAGUACCUCGGCAUGGCUGCGACCGCGGAGGAGGCGGCGCUGUUGUACGCGCGCCACGUCGGGGCGGAGGCGUCAGCGGCGGCGGCGGCGGCGGCGGAGGCAGAGCCGAUGACGGCGGCCGAGGCGAAGCAGCUGGCAGCGGACGAGGGCCUGACGCUGAUUCCGUCGUCGCAGUCGCAGACGGGCUUCACGGGCGUGUCGAAGCACGGCAGCCGCUUUCAGGCU